AUGAUGGUUAACCAUCACAACCAUGAUGUAGAGGGCAGCGUAGAAAAUGCCGAAAAAAAAAAAAAAGAGGAAUCCUGUCAAAUAAGUGAAUCCACUUUAUGUCAUCCCAGCACUGGUAAUGGAACGUCAGGUCUUUUAGAAAGCAUUCAUAAUGGCGAAAAUUUGCAUCACCGGAGGGAAGAUUUAGUAGGUAAGAAGGGCAAUUUGCUUGGUGGGCGAACAAGCCAGCAUGUGAAUCACAUCAACAGUGAGCAUUCUAAGGAAGAAUCGGAGAAAAGCGAAAGGGGGAACGCCCAAAAAGGUCACACCAAAAAGGACACCAAAAGGGAAACCAAAAGGGACACCAAAAUCGACAUCAAAAUCGACACCAACGGGGACACUGAAAAUGGCGACCAAAGAGAGGUAGCCUCGAAUGAACUGAGCAAACAGAAAUUCUGCGAGGGGCCGGUUGACCACACCCAGGGGAGUGGAACCCCGCAGCAUAGCGAGCAGAUAAAUAAUGAUCAUACAAUAAAAAUGGACGACGUGGAAGGGGCACAGGAUGAACUCCAAAUUGAGGCCGCUCACGUACCACCAAGCGACGCGGCGGAUGCUCUACCAAUCGAGGAGUACUAUUUGCAGAAGGAUAGUGAAGAUGAAUCUUUAAGAGGCACGCUCUAUGGAUCGAUAAUUGACUCCUUAAACAGUUCCCAAAUCGGCUCUCAUAACGAUUCCCAAAGCAACCCUGUAAACAAUCCCCCCCAGGACAACCAUGACGAAACCGUUGAAGCGGUCGUGGCCAAAGAAGAAAUGAUCAACAUUACCAGGCUUUACCACACGGGCAUAAACAAAAUAGAGGCAGCCAUCGCCCUAUACAGAUACUAUAAAAACAACUUCAAUCAGCGGUUCAGGGAGCAAAUGAACAAAUACAACCCACUUAUCUACUUCUACAGUAACAACAACUUUGAAGAUCACAUCAGUGUGGAUUAUAUCAACUACAAAGACAAAAUGAAUGCAAUGAAGACAGAGAGACUAUCGAGACUGGUGCUGUACAUAGAGGACAUAAACCAAAUAAAGCAAGCUCUAAAGGUUAAGCAGCUUAAUGAACUCAAAUUAGAGGAUGAUGAAAAGAAGGAAUAUUUUUACGAUGCCAAUGAAGACAUAGAAGACUUCUUCAUUUUUGAUAACACCGUUUCGUAUCUUAAUAAUGACGUUGAAAGCAUAUUUUCCGAAGCUGAAAAUUCUUCAUUUUUUAAGGAUGAUGCAAGCAUAGAUAAUUUCUUAGAAGAGCAGAAAAAUAAAACCAAUGACGAAUUUAAUAUGCCAAAUUUAUUUAAUCGCUUUUCUUUAAAAAACCAUGAUAUGUUCGAUAUUAAUAAAAAUUUGUGUGCAAUAUAUGCUCGCACUCCUAUGAUAAUUAAAAAGUUUGCCGAAAAAAUCAACUCCUACAGCAGCACAGAAAAAACACAUGCCGAUUUGGAUGGCACAAAGCAAGACGGAGUAAACUUUCCACGUGAACAUAAAAAUAAGGAAAAUUAUAAUUACUAUCCUGCUGCUCGUUCUCGUGAAAAUAAUCAAAAUUUGGAUGCCUACAUUCAGUUUCAUUGCGAUAAAUGGCAAGAAAAUAUGUACGAUAUAGUUGAAGUAAAUAGCCUCGAAUUUGAUUUUAAUCGUUUAAGAUGCAACAUAAUGUAA